ACCACUAAUAACAAAAAAAUGGAAAAAAUAUGAUAAAAAUGACAAAAACAACAAUUACAUUACAAGUCAUAUCAUUUCUCAAAUAUUAAAUUUAACAUUCUUCUCAUCUUCUAACACAAGAUCAAAGCCAGAAGAUAUUCCAACACUACUGCUUACUACUAAUAAUGCUGGAAUAGAUUCUAGAGAGAUGUUGUUGCCAUUUCUAAUGCCAUCAUCAAUCACUACUAAUAAUGAUGUAGGAACAAUGAUAUUGGCAAUUGAAAGAUUACCUGGCCCAAAAUAUUGUAUCAUUGAUCUUGUCAAGAGAAAAA